AUGUUGGAUGCAGAGGAGCUGAUUGAAUCCAUCAUCAGAGCAUUCAUGUUUCUGGCAGGGAUCCUGGGAAACAACUGGCUGGCUAUACGCUCCCUGCCCGGGCACAAAUCUGGCAUCCGCACCAACGAGGUCCUCUUCAUCAACCUGGCCAUCUCCAACCUCAUCACCAACUACCUGGUGGACCUGCCCGACACCAUAGCAGACUUCGCCGGACGUUGGUUCCUGGGGGAAACAUUCUGUGGCGUGUUUCUUUUUUGCGCCAACCUCUCUGAAACCAGCAGCAUCUACACGACCUUCUUCAUCAGCGCCUACUGGCACCAGAAGCUGGUCGGCUCCCUGAAGCGUGGCGGUGGGCCGGUGCAGCUGGACAGCCUGUGCUUGGUUGGCUGUCUGCUGGCGGGGAGCUGGACGGUGGCGGUGGUCUUCAGCAUCCCACACUUCUUCUUCGUGUCAGUGGUGAGCGGGAAUGACAGCCAUGAAGACUGUAUAGACGUCUUCCCCAAUGCAAUCGCUAAGCAAACCUAUGAAAUCUUUUAUUUAACCCUGGCGAAUGCUCUCCCCGUUGCUGGGAUUGUAUUCGCCAGCAUCCAGAUUGUCAUCACUCUGCUCCAGCACCGGCUACGCGUACAGGGUCACAACUCUGACGCCACCAAGGAGAUGGUUAAGGAUGAGAGUAAUGAAAAGAGAAACGACGACAGAUCAGUCAGCACUGUUUCUGGUCCAGGCACAUCAAAAGAUCCAUCUUCUGCAUCUCUAACCAGCAUUUACACGGGCGUGCCUGCUUCUUCCGCUCCAAAUGGAGCGCUGUCAGGUCGCAGCUUUCCCCUCAACAAAACAAACCCAGACAGCAGAGCUGGAGCUCCACCAAGUCUGUCAAGGCCCAGCCAGAUGUCGGCGAAGCCCAGUACGAGCUCAAGCACUCAGGUGAGGGCGGCCAAGAGCGUGGUGGCCGUAGCCAGUGUGUUCCUGGUCUGCUGGCUGACUCAUCUGCUUCUGCGCAUCACCAACACUAUCCACACCUCGUCGAUGCUGGUGGAGGUGGCCAGCUAUAUCGCAGCCUCCUACACCUGCAUCAUCCCUUACAUAUUCCUGUACGGGGUGAAAAAGCUUUCAUGCUCAUGCAAACGGUAGAAAUGUGCACAUCACACACAGAUCCAAAUCUGUCGGAAGAAUUGUGGCCCUUUGAUAAAUAAAAGCAUCCAUUACUUUUACAAGAAGCUGUAGAAGAGGUGGGGAUAAACAU